AUGGCCAAACCGUCCUCCUAUGCGCCUUUGACCACAGAGCUGAAGAGCAUUGACGGCCCAGGCGGUCAAAGCUGGUCAACGGGACAAGAGGUGGACAAGGAUUGGGACAACUACCUGCAUGGCUUCAAGGCACAGUGGUUUUGGUUGGUGGUACUUUAUUGUGCUCCUCCCGGGCUGAUCUUUGGCUAUAGCAUUGUGAUGUCUGCAUGGUAUGGGUCAUGGUGGAAUACCAGUGGUAACGAGCCGUACGAGCCGCGGCCAGCAGAGAUUGGUACAUUGUACAAUCCUGUCUUCAACUCUUUGCCGGUCAUUCUGAAGUCACACAUGACUUUUGCAGUGCCCAUGUUGGGCGGAAUUUUGCUACAAGUCGUUUUGGCUUACUUUGGUGUGAUCAAGAGCAAUGUCAGUGCCAUGAAGGGGCAUGCACGUUUCGGUUCGGUCCUGCUCGUGAUCAUCCUUGCUUGCGUCGGUCUUGGAACGCUAUCGCUGUGGUUCUGUGAUGUGCAGAACAAACGAGGAGCAGAGACCAUGUUCUUUGUGAUGAUUGGCUUUGGUAUCAUGGCUUCAGGUGUUCGUGGUAUUGCCUUUGCAUCCCAAGGACUCCAUGGUUUGCACAUGCAGUACAUGGCCUUCACCGUUUGUUUGAUCUUCACACCAGGCUUCAAUCGGAUCACCACAGUCUUGGUGAGACACAUCUAUAGCAUCUUCCAAGAGGACUUCAGCCAGCAGUGCUUCGUAGCAUCCACCUAUUCUCCCAUUGGCUAUUACUGGACCUGGUCCUUUCUCAUGGGCAUGAGCUACAUGGCUCUUCUCUGGCUGUGCCCCUGGAGUCCCGCCAAAGUGCCCUUCUUUAAGGUCUAUAGCUUUGGCUUCUUCUACGCCCUGCUCAUGGGCGCCAUCAUGUUAGCCUGCCUGUUCCAGGCCUUGUUCCUUUGGUGGCCCGAAGUCAUGGAGAAGAUUCACCACGGCUUGGAUUGCUCACCACAGCGGCUGGAAGCCUGGCGCCACUUCGCGGCCAACUUGCGGAACAGCAGCCUCUUCGACCAGUCGCACGCAGGAGGGCUCUGCACGGCCUCGAGGCCCUUCGACUCGGUCAGCCUCUUUGGUGGACGAUUCCGUCAGCCAUAG